UCGUAGUCUCGGUGGUUGGCCUGUCUUCUCUUUCCUUGGUCCUGCAUUGAAAGCACCAAAGCCGCUGAACUGAAGAGGAGGAGGAGCUGCUGGGCGCUGUUCACUCAUCCACACAAGUCAUUUCUUCUUUAUCCACUUCCACGCAUCUUCUGCCGCAAAAGCCUUGGAGGAGCCCAGAGGCCUGGCCAUGGAUACACAAAAAGAAGCUUUGCAGAGGAUAAUCACGACGCUUGCCAACAAAAAUGAUGAAAUCCAGAAUUUUAUUGACACGCUAAACCACAGACUAAAAGGUGUUCAGGUUAACUCUACAAAAGUACUUUCAGAGUUGGACGAAGAAUUUGAUAGCCUGUAUUCCCUGCUUGAUGAGAUGAAAGAGAAGAUGACUAACAGUAUAAAGCAAGAACAGGCCUAUAAAACACAGGAGAUGCAGAAUCAGCUCGGCCAGUGUACAAAUGCUAUGGAGAGCUCUGAGGAACUAUUAGAAUUCGCUUCACGGAGUCUGGACAUAAAGGAGCCUGAGGAGUUUAAUAAGGCUGCCAGACAGAUCAAGGAUAGGGUCACAAUGGCUGCAGCUUUUCGCCUCUGCCUGAAACCCAAGGUCAGCGAAAACAUGACACACCUAAUGGUGGAUUUCUCCCAGGAAAGACAGAUGAUCCAAUCCUUACAGUUCUUACCAGUUCCCAAAGCUCCAGAGAUUGAUCCAGCAGACUGUAUGGUAGCAGACAACUGUGUAACUGUAACAUGGCGAAUGCCUGAUGAAGAUAACAAGAUUGAUCACUAUGUGCUGGAAUACAGGAAAACAAAUUAUGAUGGUCUUCCCAGGGUUAAAGAUGAGAGGUGCUGGGAACUAAUUGAUAAUAUAAAAAACGCAGAAUACACUCUUUCUGGUUUAAAGUUUGACUCCAAAUACAUGAACUUUAGAGUAAGAGCCUGCAACAAAGCCACAGCGGGAGAGUAUUCAGACCCUGCCACGUUGGAAACCAAAGCCUUGACCUUUGCCCUUGACAACACCUCAUCACAUCUGAAUCUAAAGGUAGAAGAUUCAUAUGUAGAGUGGGACCCGACAGGGGGAAAAAGUCAAGAGAACAAAGUGAAAGGCAAAGAUAACAAGGGCAGUGGCCAUGUUACAGUACUGAGGAGCAAUACCAGAAGUGGCACUCCAUCCCCUAAAAGAACCUCUGUUACUGCUAGACCGGCUAUGGUGAGGGGCAGCAGAGAUAGGUUUACAGGAGAGUCAUAUACCGUGCUGGGAGAUACCACAAUUGAAAGUGGGCAACACUACUGGGAAGUGAAAGCUCAGAAGGAAUGCAAAUCCUACAGUGUGGGCAUCUCAUACAAAUCAAUUGGCAAGUUUGACCAGUUAGGAAAGACUAACAUCAGCUGGUGUUUGCAUGUCAACAACUGGCUACAGACAACAUUUGCUGCAAAACACAACAACAAGGCCAAAGCUCUGGAGAUGACUGUCCCGGACAGGAUAGGAGUGUACUGCGACUUUGAUGGAGGUCAACUCUCAUUUUAUAAUGCCGAAACUAAACAGUUAAUUUAUAGCUUUAAAACAAAAUUUACACAGCCUGUUGUCCCUGGAUUUAUGGUAUGGUGUGGUGGGCUCACAUUGUACACAGGGCUGCAAGUUCCAAGUGCAGUGAAAACCCUUCAGAAGGCUGAAAACGGCAUGAGUGGAUCUUCUAGCAGCUUAACCAGUGUUGCUCAAUAACCUUACUUGAAAGGAUUCAUUGAACACUUGCCCCGACUGAGUGGAAUUUUAGUGAUUUUGAUUUUAUUUAGUAACUUCCUUUUCGCUGGAUCAUUUUGGGCUGUAGCCUGAUGCUGCUGUGAAGCUUGCAUUUCCCCUAGUGGCUGGCUCGUAUGUGAAAAAGGUCAUCAAGAAGACUACUGCAAGUUAUAACAAGCAACUGAGGAUAUAGGGGGCAAAACAAAAAGGAUCAUAUGCCGUACCAUAAGGUUGUUCUUUGUUGUCAUGGAUGCAGUCUAGCACCCUUUGAAACUUACAUUAACCCCUUAAGGACAAUGGGCAGUCCUUAAACCCAUUGAAAACAAUGCAUUUUGAGCCCGUACAUGUACGGGCUUUGUCAUUAAGGGGUUAAGCAUAAUAAAUGGCUGGAUUUGUCUAUGCAUCCACACAGCCCACAGACACUAAUGCACUUUCUAUUGAGCUCCAUUUAUUCUCUGUGGUUUUUCUUACACAUGACAUUAAUGAGACUUUGAAAACAAAUGGCUUUAGUUGUACGGGCGUAAGGUAUACCGACCUGUUCUAAAUUACUGAACAUGAAAUAUCCGGGAAAGCAAUCUGAAAAUAAAUCGGAUGACCAAGCAGUGGUUUCUGUUUAGUAAGAAUGUCUGUUUAUACAUAUUUCUAUUGAAAUAACCGGUAGCUCCUUGGACCAAAAUGUGCCUGAAACAUUGGCCCAUGUCUGGUGUUACACCUGCGCAAGUGCAGACAUCAUUAGGUGCUUGAUACAUAAAAGUGAUGUGAUUUUUAAAUGUGAUUGAUAUGGAUUCAAUGUUGGAGAUUAAUCUAUUACUAGUAAUUGAAUAGCAAUCCUAGAUUAUCUUGUAAAUACAAA